AUGCCAAUUGAACUCGACAUUUUACGAGGAAUCCGAAAUCUCGCCGUUGCCAUCGGAACUAGUGCAAUACUACUUUUCAUCUCCACCGUCAUCAUCAAUAUCAUCACCAUGUUUCCCAAAACAGUCAAUCCUGACAAGCGCAAAACGCGACCUUGGGAACCCACUCCCGCUGUUAGGAUAGAUGAAUUGCCAGAAGCAGAACAAGAGAUAAUCAAUCAAAGUAGACCCAAAAGAGUUAAAAGACAUGAAACCAAUGAGGGAUUUGUGCUAGAUUACAAUCGUGAUCGUCAAACUGCACAAAGAUAUAGGGGAAAGGGAAAAGCUUUUACUGGUGAGGGAGAGAUUGGGAGGAGGCAAUUGGAGCCUCUUUCGAGAUUGAGACCCACACCUCUUUCGUUAUGGUCAGAUAAAAGUAAGCCGCCUCAGCACCCGCCACCAGGAGGUCCAUCUGGAGGUCCGUCGGGUCCUCCAGGUCCUCCAGGCCCGGGUGCUGGAGGAGGAGGAGGAGGGAUAACACCUGCACCAUCCGCACCACCUGGACCAUCUGCACCACCUGGACCAUCUGCACCACCAGGACCAUCCGCACCACCUGGACCAUCCGCACCACCUGGACCAUCCGCACCACCUGGACCAUCUGCACCACCAGGGCCCUCAGGAGCCCCAGGUCCAGGUGCUGGAGGAGGAGGAGGAGGAGGAGGGAUAGCACCUGCACCACCUCCACAAUCUGCACCGCCCGUAACUCCAGGCAUAACUUCCUCGGGGUCGACGAAACCAGACUCCGGUGGAUUAUCUCAGCCCUGGAUAUCGCCCAGUAUAGACUUCUGGAUACCAUGGAAGAAGGGGAAUAUUGAAUGGGCAAAGGCACUUGCCCGUGAAAGGCAAAGCGAUGUCGGUAUCAGUGCUGAUGAGCUUCUGAACUCAUUGGAAGUAUUACGUCUGCCUAUAUUCUUUGAUAAGUUCCACAGAGAUUUCAUGACGCAUCCAGGUUAUAAAGACUGUCUAUCUGGAGCUACUGGUCAUCCUUACUGGUUUUUCCAAAACAUGAGGAGGGAAUAUUAUGGCGAAAAAUCUUUGCCUUAUCAAAAACCUUCUGAAGAAGAAUUUUCUAGAGCCAGAAUGGAAAGGACUACCAGGGAAGGACAAAAGGCUAUAAUUCAAAGGGCCCUCGUAGCAAUGAAACGCGCCCAGGAACACGCCCAAGGAGUAAACCCGUCUACAUCUAGUACAAGCUCGCCUGUUCCGCCCAAAACUACAACAUCGACUUCAACCACUGGGCCUUCGAAUUUCGAAACUUGGUUUGCGGCGCUCAAAGCCCAAGCCAAACCGCCACCAGUCGGGCUCACACCUGGGAUUACUACGACAUCCAAACCAGGGUCGAAACCCCCACCAGUCGGGCUCACACCUGGGAUUACUACGACAUCCAAACCAGGAUCGAAACCCCCACCAGUCGGGCCCACAUCUGGGACUACUACGACAGGAUUUCCAGUUCAGGAUGAGCAAGAAGUUGAAGAUUAUAUCAAAAAUAUGGCAACUGGGCUGAUCACGGGUUUAUCGAGUCAAGUAGAUCCCAAAACUACAACUGCACCGGUCGCCAUUAAUCCGCUCGCAACCGCCCCUAGGCCUCCUCAAACAUCCAAGCCAGCGGUAUCUGCUCCAGCGAUCCCGGCUACAACUGCACCGGUCGCCAUUAAUCCGUUCACAACCGCCCCUAGGCCUCCUCAAACAUCUAAGCCAGCGGUACCUGCUCCAGGUACCCCGGCUACAUCGGGUGGAGGGCUUUCCGGAAGGAUGCAAGAUAAAAUAGGAGGUUUAAUACGUCGUCGUAUCGAUCCGUACACUGAUGCUACUACCAUUGCUGAAGUACAGAUGGUUUUCGGUCCGCCAAAUAAUCUCGUCGUUCUUCCUCCCACAAUCAAGCAAAAUAUUCCAUUUCACUACGUUUCAGAUUUACAUCUUGAACAGACGAGCUAUGAAAAUUUUGACUUUAAACCUCGUGCUCCAUAUUUGAUCCUCGCCGGCGACAUAGGGAAUACUAAUGCACAAAGUGAGACUGAUUAUCGGAAAUUUUUAGCUAGAAUGUGCGCCAAACCAGAACUCCGACGAGUUUUUCUCGUAGCUGGAAAUAGAGACUUCUGGCCAGCGAAUAGUUGUACAGUGGAAGGGACAAUAAAGAUGCUUAGAGGCUUUGCAAGGCAUCCAGAUACAUUAGGAAAACUGGUGUUCUUGGAGAACGACCGCUAUGUCAUUCAAGGGAAGGAAGGCAAGGUUGUGAUACUAGGCUGUACGUUGUGGACUGAAAGACUGAGAGGCGGAGGUCGUGAGCCUAGAGAUCAAACUAACAAGCAAAGAACUGAGAGGCAUUUCGCAUCUUGCGAAUGGAUCAGGCAGGAAACAAAGAAAAUUAGAGACGAUCCCAAGGAAGUUGAAACGCGCAUACUUAUCAUAACGCACAUGCCACCUUCUAAGAGCGGAACUCCGCCUCCUGAACAGACAGCAAAGCAGCUUCGUGACUUCAAUAGCGGAGCCAGCCAUGGUAGUGAUGUUAUUGAUGGCUGCAAGGGACAUGGCUAUGAUCAUAGUUCGAUUGAAACUACAAUGCCUCUCUUGGACUGGAGAGACGUUUGGAUUUGGGGCCAUACACAUUGGAAUGAGCCGCAUCACGGGAAAAGAAGGCAUGGUGGAAUGAGGUUCGAAUCUAACCAAAGGGGAAAUGCUAAAGGGAUCCCCCUUGGCUAUCAUCCAAAACCACCAGGUGCUUUUAAACCAGAAAAAAUCAUUCUGGUUUGA